UUUCGAUGGAAUUGAUUUACUAGACGAAUUUGACGCCAACAAUUGUCACAUUGACCAAGUGAAGGAAACGAUUCUCACCAUGACUUCUUCCGCCAGUUACUAUGCUGACCCCGCGACGGCAACCAAAUAUGCUACAGAGCUGCUGGUGAAGGCUCGCCUCUCCGAGGAAGACGCCAAGUCAAUGGCGGACUGCUUGGUUUUGGCCGAUGUUCGCGGUGUUGACACCCACGGUCUGGCACGCCUACCCCAAUACCUUGACAGGGUCAGCAACGACCGGGUCAACGCGAAGCCAAACUUCAAGCUUAUCGAGAAGACCCCAGUGGUUGCCCACCUUGAUGGCGACAGUGGUUUCGGCUUCGUGGUUGCCACCAGAGCAAUGGAAUCAGCCAUCAAGCGCGCAGAGAUCUACGGCAUCGGCAUGGUUACCGUCAACCAUUCCAACCACUUCGGUAUGGGCGCUACCUACGUCCUCCAAGCCCUGGAGAAGAACAUGAUCUCCCUGGUCUUUACCAACUCAGCCAAGCAAAUGCCCCCAUUUGGGGGCAAGGAGACUCUCCUUGGUAUCUCGCCUUUCGCUGCUGGCGCUCCUUCCAACAACAAAGUCCCCUAUAUUCUCGACAUGGCACCAUCGGUUGUUGCUAAGGGUAAGAUUCGCCGCGCAGCCCGUCAUGGCGAGUCAAUCCCUGUUGGAUGGGCACUUGACGCUGACGGAAACCCUACCACCGACGCAAAUGUGGCUCUGAACGGUAGCAUGGCGCCUAUCGGUGGUCCCAAGGGUUCCGGGAUUGCCAUUCUGAUGGACGUCAUGUCAGGUGUUUUGACUGGCGCUGCUUUUGGUGGCGAAGUCGGGGAUCAGUACAAGGAUCCCAGGCCCCAGAACGCUGGACAUUGCUUCAUUGCCAUCAAGCCGGACAUCUUCAUGACGACUGAUGAAUUCAGAACUCGUAUGGACGUUUUGGCCCAGCGCAUUCAUGGCGUAACUCCGGCUCCUGGCUUCAAUGAAGUGCUUUUCCCUGGAGAGCCAGAGCAUCGCCUUGGUGCUCAGCGCCGCAGAGAAGGGAUUCCAUACGCCGAGGCAGAAAGGCAGUUGUUUGUUGACGCCGCAAAGCAGUACGAUGCUGCUGAGCUUCCUCUGUCGGAGGUCCCUCUAUCUCUGGAGUCAUGAAAUAUACUCCCUGUACGUAAAGAAAGGUGAUUAGAUAGUCCGAAAGUGAAUAGAUUAAUUGCUCAUAAGUCCC